AUUCACAUCUGAUGAAUGACCCCAUACCUCGCGUGCAGGCACAGCAGGUGCCUUCUCACGAAGUGUGGGCGACUGGGACGGAGCGUCGCCGGGACAACGCUCCUGUUCCAGAGGGUGGAGGAGGUGAGCUCCUGGGAGAGGGAGGUACGGUCGGCGCCUUCCCGGGGCUGUUUCCCGUUUCCGGGAGGGCAGGCAUGUCGCGGCGUGGUCAGCGUCUCUCACCACCACACGGUCUGUCGGCCUCACGUGUCCCUGUGCCCGUGCCCCCCCCAACCGCCACCUCUUAUCCGGCGCCAGGAUGCUGAAACUAGCAGAGGAGAAUCUGAAAAAAGGAGAAACCUCAGCGAACUUUCCCAAGCGGCCUCGGAAGACAGUGACGUGUUCGGAGAGGCAGAUGCGAGCCCGAACAAUGGGGCCUCCUCUGGGGACACGGCGGUGACAGACUCCAAGCGCACAGCGGACCCAAAGAAUGCCUGGCAGGACGCCCGCCCAGCUGACCCGGGGAGCCGCCCCCACUUGGUCCGCCUCUUUUCCCGAGAUGCCCCGGGGAGGGAGGACAACACCUUCAAAGACAGGCCCUCGGAGUCCGACGAGCUCCAGACCAUCCAAGAAGACAGUGCAGCCGCUCCCGAGGGCCUGGAUGUGAUGGCGUCACAGAAGAGACCCUCCCAGCGGCACGGAUCCAAGUACCUGGCCACGGCGAGCACCGCGGACCAUGCGCGGCACGGCUUCCUCCCGCGGCGCAGAGACACGGGCAUUCUCGACUCCAUCGGGCGCUUCUUUAGCAGCGACAGGGCCGCGCCCAAGCGGGGCUCGGGCAAGGUGAGCUCCGAGGAGUGAAGGCGCCUUAGGUUAGGGGAAACGGGACAGGACAAUUCGGGAGGUGAACCGAGCCGCUAGAGGAAGAGCUGACACGUAGCCGCGUAGUGUCCGGGGUUGGGUCCUGGCCGGAAAGCCCACAGAGGCCCCGGGGCGUGGGCUGCGUGGCUGCCUAGGAUGUUUCUGUUUAAUGGCCCUCUUUGUCCUCCUCGCAAGGGACUGCGAUCGGGGUGCGGCUCGGGGGUGCAGGGAAUUCUGAAUGCUGGACCUCUGGGUGUGCCCUGCACGUAGCAGCGCGGCUUGAGUGCCCGGGGGCUCUGCACAGAGUCUGCCCGUGCCCCUGCCUGCGGGUUCGGCACUGGGUCACGCUCACGGUUUCCUGGAGUCGCUGCUGCCGGCUUCGCACUGCCCUGCGACAAUCGCGCGAUUGAGGGCGAGGAGGACUUUAGAGCAAGCUCCUGAACUUGAAUCCGCCCCCAGCAAACUUUCUUUUCUCUGAGCUGUCUGGUGCAAAGGGUGAAGGGAGGAACAAGUGCCGAUGAAUCAAAACCUUAUUAUUUUGUGAUUCCGUGAAUUUGAAUAUAGAAUCUUGGAAGUUUCAUUGUUUAAAAGCAGAUGUUCUGUGGAUAGAAAUAUAUCACAGGAAAAAAAAAAAACAAAAGUGCUGUCCAGUCUGUAGCGGGCUCCUGGGGCUGACUGUGAGCAGGUGCCCCGUGCCUGCUGCUCCUUCGCGACCCGAGCCCCAGGUGGUUCGGAUCGCAAACGGGACGAUGGCACAGGGGGUUGUGGGGUGCUGGGUAAUUAAUUGGGUGGUUUUGGAGAGAGAGAAGUUUUUCCAAAAAAAGCCCCUGGUGUGCUGGGCGUUCUCGCAAAGCCUGUGGGAUGCGGCUUUCCCGCAGCCCGUGCCCCGAGCUGCUCGGAAUCUUGGGAAUGUGAGAGGCUUUUGAAGGGCGUGUGGACAGAGCCCCUCAUCAUGUUAACGGGCCACCGUGGAACCCACGGGCACCUUGGAGCUGUGGUCUCCAACUGCAGUUAUUCUUACAAUUACGGAUCAUGAGACUGCUGAAGCCAAACGCAAAUGUCAGGUCUGCCUUUCCCGUGGGCGUUAAAGCACCCUGGAAUGUCGGGCAAUCACCCAUUGCUCCGUGGGGAGAGAUCUCGCUGUGACUCCGUUGUGACUAACCUGUGAAUGACACUUGGUGUAUCUUAAGUGCUCACUGAAUCCACAUUCUGGUUGGCCCAUCCGGUGUCUGCGUGGGUAGACGUUCCCCUUCACUCCUUGGCAACACUCCGCCACCCACCCCAAAUGCCGGCCAUCCGACCUACUUCUAACGCUCGUUUCACCUGGUAGCGCCUUUUCGAGCUGCCAAGCCACACCAGGUGUCUGUGGGUCCGGCCGCCUGGCAACGUCUCGCUGUCACGCUAACCUCCCCCUGCACGCAGGAUCCUCAGUUUUGAAAUCUUAAACUAUCCUGCUCCAUUCAAGGAGCGGCAAAAAUGGAUUUAAACUGUGCAGAAAAGAUGCAAUAGCUGGAUAGCCUCUAUGACAAAACAAGCUUCAUUUCUGUGGUGAUGGCUUAAGUUGAAAUAUAAUGAUGAAAGCAUUUCUAUCAAUCAUUGUGGCUUUAUCUCAAAGUGGAUGCAUAAGCCCGUAGAUGUUUUUCUUCCUUUAUGUGAGAUUACAGCCUUUAUUGUUUUAAAUAAUAUGCUUCAGUAUUUUGCUUCAAUAUAUAUAUGCUUCAAUAUUUUCAAAGAAAAGAAUCUAGUCUCAGAAGUAGUCACUCUUCUUGGCAAAAUAAUGUUGCCAGAUUGUCAGGGAUUUAGAAAAAUCAAAACAUUUUCAUAGGAUUUCAAAAAAUAAAAACAAUUUUUAAAUAAUUGUUUUAAAAUUUUUGAAGUUAUCAGUCCUUUUCACUACUGAGUGUUAAAUGCAAAAGAUGUUUAAAUACAGCUUGGCCCUUUGAUGGCAAACCAGACGGUUAGUUUGCACGGAUAAGCAGGUAGCAGCUUCUUACAGACGCGGGCUAGUGGCCCAUCCGCGUGCGGGAUCCUUGCUGAAGGUGUGCAGCGGGCACGAACCGCAACCUCUGUUCCGCUCCACUCUUUUAUUGUGGAGUCCUUUGAACACUGGAGAUGCAAACUUCACCUCCUCUGCACCCGGCUGCAAACCCACAACGGCCCUAGAAGCCUGGGGUGUUCCCUGGUAUGGACUGCCGUGGGGUAAUGCUUUAUUUUAGGUUUCGCUCUGUCUCAAAGCCAGGAGGGCCUUCCUUUUCCUGUGCUAGAGAGGUCCUCAGGGUAGCCUUAAGAGACUGUUGGCGUGGAAGGGCGUUGCCAGGUCUGGUCCCCGUCCCUUGGCACGGGCAGCCCGCCCAGCCUGUGGGAAAGCCAUCUAGAUCGGGUUCGGUCUUUCCCGGCAGAAUCCUGCCAGCCUCUGAAGGAGCCCCCCGCACCCCCACCCCAGGACCCCGUGAAAGGGGCUGUUUGUCCCGGUGCCUCCUCUGCUCUUCCUCAGUGCCCUGGGGACACAUGCUGCCCAGGGGCCGCUGCCCGCCCCCGGUCCGCGGAAUGCACCCGUGACCCCCACCCUCUGAGCUGACAUUCAGGGAGAGCGCAUUAGAAAUCCCUUGAGGAGGCAUAUUCUUUUGAGGCCGCACAUGAAAAGCGCAUUCACGGGGAACAUGCUCCUUCGUUGUGGGAGGAAAGAAAGGACUGUGUUGUCUUGGAGGAACAGGUCUUCCAGCCUCCGGGGCGCGGGGUCUCGGGAGGGCUGGUGGGCGGCGGGGCGGGGCUGGGCCUCGCUCCCCAGGCUCAGGCCUGCGUGGGCACCGACACCGGAGGCUGGGGCGCUGGCUUUGGGGGUCGCUCCCCUUGCUUGCAACCGAGAGGCAGUCGGGUUCGGCCGGGUACCCAGGCUGGACGCAGGGGCGCAACUCCCGGCCCGGCACCAGUAAGAAAGCAGUGGGGACGCGGCCACCUCCCAUCUCCAUGUGACACGCCUCCAAAGAGGUGUUUUGUCUUUAAACCUGGCUUCUAUACGGAUGAUUUCCCCUGUUUUUCUCUAUUUGUUUUUCACUAAAAGCUCCGUUUAUAACCUGCUAAUAAUCUCAGCGUUGCGUCAUUCGAAGACAUUCAGUAUUGCUUCUGUGCCACUCACUCAUUCUGACUGGUGAGGGUGAGGACUGUCUCUUUCAUCUAAUGCCAUGGGGUGUAACAGUCUUGUACAUUAAUCCAAAUGUUCUGUCGCCUGAUUUUCUUUUUCCAUUGCAUUUUAAUUACAUUAAACACGUUGUAGUUCUACGGGAACUUAAUUCUUCAUUGUUAACCCUAAUUCUGUAGCAAUGUUCUGUCGUCCCAUGGGAAGGGCACAGCAGGGAGCGAGCCCGAGGGUGUGGCCCACAGUCCGGCAGCGCCGGGAGCCCCUCCCCUGGGCUGGCGCUCACAGGGCCACACGGCGGAGCCUGACCGUGCACCCACGUGGAAGUGGGUUUGGCCAUUCGCUGCAUCCCUUUGGCCAGAGAUCCGGCUGGGGAACAUCCAACAGAGUGGGUGCAUGCAUUUCUGCACCAAAUGAAUAUUUUUUGAGAUUCCUUACAGGAACUCCUGACCGGCUGGUGACCAGAGGCUUCUCUGGCUCCACCGCCAGCCCCUCCUGUGCCCUUCUGUGGCCCCAGCACCGUCACGGCCACCCACGGGUGUUUGAGUAGACGACAGUCACAUUACGGUCACGCUAGAACUCGAUGUGCCUGUACUGCCGCAGCUUUGCCGCGCCCUCUGUACAAGGGAUACGUUUGUAAAUCAUGUGUAUGUAUUUAAUGAUAAUUGCCUCUGGUGGUUGUAUUGCUGUUUCAUUUUUGUUACGAACUUCUGCUUUAUAUAUAUUUCUGCCCUUUCAUGCAUCCAUUAAACCGUUUAACAGAC